UAUGUCUACCUGUCUCCCCGUACAAGGAAUCGGACGCGGUGUGUUUUGGGGCAGAUGUGUCAAGAUGAGACACACAUAGAACAUCAUUUUUACCCUUGAUUUACCAAUUCCCCAGUCUCCUGCACCAUGAAUUCCCACAGGAAGAGCACGCCCUCGGCCAGAUUCACGACUUACAUAGACUUUGAGGAGAUUAACAACGGACUCACUACAGUGGGCGAAACUGUCUCGCUGAGACCGAUAGAUGUUCCCGAAGAGACGAAUGUGGAUGAGGAGAAGAUAGAGCCUCAACUUCUUCCAGGGGAGAUCAUGAUAGCGAGGGCCAACAAUGUCCUCAAGUUUGCACCUCUGAAAGCCAACCGAACCGGCAUCUCCGGCACCUUGUUUGUCACCAACUUUAAGGUUUCUUUUGUCACCUCACUUCCAGUGGAGGCCAAGGAGAGAGAAAUGCACAGCAAGAGCCUUCAGAAUCGCUUCCUUGGCGUGCAUGACGUGUGCCUCUCAGAAGUGGACAUGGUCAAUCAGUUUUCAGAAGACAAUACCAAGAAGAAACGUUUGCUGUACAAUGCCCAGAUGCCUCCCAGACUCUCAGGACUGCAGCUGGUGCUUAAGAGUCUGCGUGUCAUAAACUUCAGCUUUAAGUUCACCCCGACUGGCGAGGACAUCCGAGUGGCCCAGGCAUUGCUGCACCAUGCAUUCCCUACCUCUAUAGACCACCUGUUCCUCUCCUGUGGCUACCCCCCCUCCUCACCUGGCAUUCCUGACUUCUGCAGAGCAGUAGACUGGGAACAUGAGCUUCAAAGAACUCGGUGUCCCAACUGGAGGGUUUCCAAGCACAAUGAGUUCUUCAACCUCUGUGCAUCCUUACCAACAGUCCUAGUUGUGCCUCGAGACCUUCUGGAUGCACAACUGGAGCAGGCAGCCCAGCACUUCCAGGGGACCCGGCCACCAGUAUGGUGUUGGGGCACGCCAGCUGGUGCAGCUCUUGUCCGCAUGGCCCAGAUAUCACCUAGCAUCACUGACAACAAUGACAAUCCGGUGGCCCGUGUCCCUGUGCUAGCCUUGCAAGCUGCCAGUGGCUUCCUAGUGGGGAGGACAGGAUGGCAAUGGGCGGAGAGGGGGCUACAUCUCGCCCUUGAGGAGGGGAAGCCUAGCCACAGUAGGUUGUCGGUGUCAAAGUCUGUUGGCAGCAACAUGAAGAAAAGGAAAGUGGAUGAAGCUUCCCAGCAACAGGAGAACAGGAUGAUGGGAUUGGUGCAUCGCUGCCACCCCAUGAGGCUGCAACCAAAGAUCUUUGACCUUGACCAAAUACUGCCUUCCCUCAAAGAGAUCCAGAUCUCAUACAUUAAAUUAAGAGAGUUGCACACACCAGAUGACCCAACACAAUUCUGGGAGCAGGAUCGCCACUACUUCAGUCGCUUAGAAUCCUCUCGCUGGCUCUCCCAUAUCAGCAAGUGCCUAGAGGUGGCCCAGAACGCUGCCACAGCCAUCCUGCACCAGAACAGCUCUGUCAUCCUCCAGGACGCCACUGGAUGUGACCUGAGUGCUGUCAUUUCAUCCCUAGUCCAGCUGUUGCUUGACCCACACAUGCGCACUAUCCGGGGUUUCCACUGCCUCAUCCAGAAGGAGUGGGUUGCCCUCGGCCAUCCCUUCACCAAGCGCCUCGGCCACACCAGGAACCAGCUGGAAGAGCAGAGUCCAGUGUGGCUGCUGUUCCUGGAUUGUGUGUACCAGGUGAGCCUGCAGCACCACACAGCCCUGGAGUUCACCUCAGAGUACCUGGUGGCCCUGUGGCAUGCUGCUCACUGCUCACUACACUCCAGCUUCAUGUUCAACUCUGUCAAUGCCAAAUAUAGUGCAAGUGAUGUCCUUCAGCGAGAGAACCCACAGCAGCCAAUCUACCUGAGACCGGUGUGGAGCUGGUGGGCAGAAGACAAAAGUAUUAUUGAGAAUGAGCAGAAUGGAUCUGAUGAGGAACCUUUGGAUAGUAAAAUCUCAGCCAGGGAGGCUUUUCUCAAUGUCCAUUACAUUCAGAAACUGUUCAAGUCACUGGCUAUCAGUGGGGCAGUGAGGCGCAUCAGUGACCCGCUGUCCAGCGCCUACCACACCUGGCAGCACAUUGACUGCCUCAUGGGAGAAACCAGGCAGCUGCCGUAUGACCCAUCCACACCCAUCGUUCCCUUACAGCUGGAUGGAAGCUUGAGGCUGGAUAUCAGUCUAAGUAACCUCAGGCCUUGGCUGGGCUGCUUCUGUGCCUGGCUGUCUGAGCCGGCCAUGCUGACGCUCAAUGACUCAGAGUCUUUGCUGAAGGAUUCCUCUCCAGCCUCCCACCACUGGUCACACAUCCAUGAAAUGUACAACACUAUGAAGGAUCUCUUGUCACAGAGCCUAGCUAAUGGAGCUGCUCAGUAGCUUGUCUGGUGGUGCAGUUGCUUGCUGUACCAUAAGACUUCAUACUAAUCACAGAGUUGGUUAAUAGAAAAGACUUGUGAUAACCCACUUUUUCAGUCAUGGACUGUGAAAGAGUUAACCAGGCGUGACUGUUGGCUGGUGGGUGUUAAGCUCUGAGAGCGAUGCCCUUGUUGAGUAUCACAGCUCGCCAAAAGGUGAAUCUGUGAGAGAAAUUUAACUACAGAUAACAUGUGAUAUUUCAUACUGGCUCAUAUAUCAGUAUGGAUAUUUUGGGUUUUAAAAUGGUGCAUGUGUGUAUGUGUGACAAGUGAAAAGGGUUGCGCUGAGAAAUAUACUUCCAUUUUGGCCCUUAAUUUAUCCUGUGGGACUGUGUGUAUGUGUGUGCAUCAUGUGUUUGUUAAAUAUGGGGACUAGUGAUGAUGAGGGGAAAUUAGAACUUAAGAUGGUGCAGAAGUAAUAAUGUUUGCAAGAGUUACAACUAUGUCUUCCUUCAGCCAAAGUUUACAAUCUGUGUGUGUGUGUGUGUGUGUGUGUGUGUGUGUGUGUGUGUGUGUGUGUGUGUGUGUGUGUGUGUGUGUGUGUGUGUGUGUGUGUGUGUGUGUGUGUGUAAGUUGUUGUUGGUAGACAGGGGUGUUGAGGCUUUGCUACUUGCUGGACACUGGAAUCAAGAGGCAACAGUCAGAGAUUAUCUGAACCUUGAGUGGCAUGGUAUGUCCUCUAAGUGGUGCCAUAUGACCUCAUUGUGUGGCACAAGAAACAAUCUGUCAGUCAGUCUGUAUUUAAGUACAGGGGUCACUGGUGAAAAAAUCCCAAAGAAUAUGUUUGUGAUUCAUUAUUACUCUACACAAUAUGGAAUGGAUGUCACAGUGUGAAUUAAAUUAUUCCUCAAGGAAGUGAAAACAGGCCUAGUUAGGAUAAGCCAUAAUUAAUUGCAGAUGUAGCAGGAUAUUGUGAUGUCUUCCUAAAAUGCUAAUAUCUUUAGUAACACUAAACACCCUUAGUAACAACAUAAGUCACUCUUGUUGCAGAUAUGUUUACAAUUUCUUUAAUUAGAAAAUAUAUCUUGAUUCUUGCCUCUUGUAUUCAUGCAUGGCAGACAAGGCAGAUUUCCACUUAGUUAUAUUUAUAUUGUUUAAUUUAAACAGACUUCUGUGCACCAUCAUACCUGAGUAUAUUUGCUGUCCUUCAGCUGAUGUGAAUGGCUUACAGGUUAUCCAGUUUGUAACUCUCUCUCUCUCUCUCUCUCUCUCUCUCUCUCUCUCUCUCUCUCUCUCUCUCUC